GGUCGCGCAGGUGGUGGGCAAGGAGGAGCCCCUGGCUCUUCGCUUGCGCGUCGAGGGCGGCAUCACGAUCACAUUCCCGCACGUGCGUGACCCCUCCGAGCUGCGCUCGGAGUUCAACGGGAAGGUGGUGCGCUACCUCCACGCCGACGGCGACAGCGUGGCAGAGGGAGAGGCCUUCGUGGAGCUGGAGGCCAUGAAGAUGAUCAUGUCCCUGAAGUCCAGCGCGACGGGCAAAAUAUACCAGGCCUUGUCCCCGGGCGCCAUCGUCUCCGCGGGCCAGCUGCUCGCGACCCUGGAGCUCGCAGACCCCAGCAAGGUCCAGACGGUGAAGACCUUCUCCGCCGAGUACCUGCUCUCCGGCGAAGAGAGCGGGAAGCCGUCGGAGAGCGCUGGAAAAGGGGGGUCUCGGGCGGUGCUCAGCACCGCAGGCCCGGAAGAGCUCUUCAACGUCAUCGAGGCGUGCUUGCGCGGCUACUCGCUGCCUGCCGAGUACGCUCAGAUGGGCGGGGCGGUCAUAGUUCAGGAGAUGCUCGACAAGGCGCCCGUGAACAAGGCCCAGGAGCUGGGCAGCAGGCUCCUGAACGUCUUCUGCGACAACGAGCGCUUCUUCGCGACACUCGUCGGGGGCGACGAGACGCAGAUAACCGCCAGGUUCCAGGGGGGCGUGGAGCAGCUCCUGGCGCUGCUGCUGGCCCACGACAAGCUCGCCACCACCACGGAGAUCGUCUCCGCCGUGCUCCACUCCGUCUGGGGCUCUGGGCUCCUGGAGGGGGCCCUCGGACAAGGAGCGCCGGCGCUGACGGGGCCCGCCCUGGCCACCCUGGAGGAGCUGGCGGGCCUGCCCAGGAAGGGCGGCUACCUCGAGGUGCAGGUGCUGGCGCACCAGGCGCUCGAGCUGUCCAAGACCCCGCCGACGAACUCGAGCAUGGCCGAGCUUCGGCAGCUGCUCACGAGCACCGCGCGCAGGGACCUCAUCGAGCUGGCGAACUCGUCGCAGACGCGCGGGUCCAGCUAUCUCGGGCUGGACCUCAUGGCCAGCAUGUUUUCCGACACGGACCCUGCGAUCCGACAGAAGGCCGCCGAGGUCUAUUUGCGCAGGCUCCAGCGCGGCUUCGAGGUGUUGGAGAUUGAGCAAGUGGAGGCUAAGGAUGUGAUCGAGCAGACGCCGGCGGCCCAGCUGCACCUCGUGAUUUCCUACAGGCAUCCUGGAGUGAAGAGCAAGGUGCACAAGGAUUACGCCAUCAUCCUGAAGGACACCGACUCUUACGACGACCUGGCGCGGUCCUGGAUCAUGCCGGCGCUGCCAGAGUUCACAAAGGUCCACAUCCUGGUCGCGAAGGACGCGACGAACAGCGACCGCGGCGCCGCAUCCCUGCAGGUCUUCAAGCCGAAGUCCCGCGCCAAGCUGCUUGCCGAGGAUUCCGACUUGGAAGGCGACAGCGAUUUCUUGCGGCGUACCUCCGAAUUCGCAUCGAAGAUCGGCCCGAAAGUCGCCGCCAAGAAGUGUUCCCGGCUGAACAUCGUUAUUGCCAAGAACAAGGGCAGGCCGUCCUAUCUGCACUACCACCUCGAGGAUGGAGGCUGCUGGAAAGAGAGCUCGGUCUAUCGCGGCAUGCGCUCUAAUUUCCCGUUCCUCACUGACCUGAGGCACCUGCAGAACGAAUACGACCUGCAGCCCCUGAAGGUCGGGCGCGUCCACGCCAUCUUCCACGGCACGAAGGUGGACAGCACUGCCGCCCUCGUGCACAUUACUGGUGUCUCGCACCAGGCCAUGGACCUGAACACGUUUGGAGGUUCGGUGAAGCAGGACCUGUCGUUCGCUUUCGAGAACAUCGAGAAGGCGGUGAACACUCCGGAGCUGGACGGAAAGCACCCCUCCUCGCGCGUCUUUGUCCACUACGUGGCGCCGAUCACGGGCUGCACCGAGCGGGACGUGAAUUUCAUCCGGGCUCUGUUCAGCGACGCGGUCUUGGCGAGCGUCGCGGCCCACAGCGUGCGCAUCAACAACUGCCGCGUCGAGGAGAUGUCCAUCAAGGUGUGGGUGCCGGCGCCCACCGCCUCGGCUCCCCCGCUUGCCAUCAGGAUGAUCGCCUCCAGCGUCCGCGGCUGGGAGGUGAAAGCCUUCCUGGAGGCGAUUGACGAGGAGACGGGCAAGCCCAGCCUUUGGACAAACUCAGAGACGGGCGAGGCGACGGAGCCUGGCAAGGUCAUCAGCAAGCCCAUCGAGGACAAGCUGCAGGUGAAGCGCGCCGUGGCGCGCCGGACGGACUCCACCUACAUAUACGACUUCCCCUUGCUCUUCCACACCGGCCUGGUGAAGAGCUGGCUGCAGGCCAAGCAGGAGACGCCGGUGAACAGCUUCAGCGCGGUCGAGCUUGUGCUCGAGGAUGGGAAGUUGGUGGAGAAGCAGGGCCGCCCAGCAGGCAUGAACUCUGUCGGCAUGGUUGCUUUUUUGUGCACGCUGAAGACACCCGAGUACCCGCAGGGAAGAGAGAUGAUGCUCAUCGGAAACGAUCUGACCAUGCAGUUGCUGGCUCGUUCGGCACAGUCGAGGACGAGGUCUUCUACCAAGCGUCCAAGAUUGCACGGGCCAAGGGCAUCCCGAGGAUCUACAUCGCAAGCAAUUCCGGGGCACGCUUGGGCGUUGUUGAGGAGCUCAAGGCGAUGGUGCAGGUGGCGUGGGUGGACCCCAACGAUCUCAACAAGGGCUUUGAGUACCUGUACCUCAGCGACGCGGACAUGA